AUGAUCUAUUCCCCUGGUUGUUUUGUGUCUGAAUUUGAUCUUUCAGAAUCGUUCGAGUUACCUCCAAUACCAAUUACACCUGAUUCUAUUGGUCUCUGUAUCGCUAUUCUAUCUGUUGUAUUUAUUAUUUUUCUUAUAGCUGUAUGUAAAUGGACUCGUUGUUUAUGUUUCAAACUAAAUCCAAAUAAUAAUGAUCAAACCGAAAGUGUUUCAUCGGUAAUACAAUCUGAUAGAUCAACAAUUCAUCGAUAUUCACAACGUCCUCGUGGUCAGAUUCAACGGUUUUUAUCGUGUGACCAUCUUGGUGAUGUUGAUCGAUAUGUUUGCACUGCGAGAAAUGGAUUAUUAUCACCACCUCUACCAUCUUAUAAUAGAUGCCAUUCUAAUAAAGUUAAUUUAACUGAUGUUACGAAUACAAGUUUGUCAGUAAAAAGUAAUCAACGAGUUGUUCCUCGUCUCUCGAUUAAUCCAAAAGUUUCCAAUUCAUCGAUUACAGAUAAUGUCUUUUCAACCAAACAAUAA